AUGCUACAAGAAGAUUCAAGUGACGAUAAACUGCCUAUGACCGGUCGUUUGACCCCAAUCGGUGGUGCCUCAUCGGAUACAGAAUUUGCAAUAGGUGUCAACGGAGAAUUCAAUGAUAAGCUCGUUUUACUCGAAGAACAUGAACGGUUGAACGCAUCUUUGGCAGCAUUGACUCGUCAUUUUGCACAUGUACAACUGCGUCUGCAACAAGUUGUUUCGGCACCAACGACUGAAGAUCGCGAAAGUUUACUUUUAGAAUUACAUGAGUUUGCAUCAAGUGGUAUUCCAGAUGUCAUGUGUCAGUCGUCAAUGUAUACAUCUGAUUGUACGAAUGAAGAAUUAAUUGAGAAUGAAAAGUGUCGCGAGAAAGAGUUUAUCAAUGAUUUAAAACAAAAACUAGAUGAACUGGAACGUUAUGCUGCUGCAUCUGGUUCGCUCGAGGGCGCACCUACAGCUGUUACUAUGGAGAAACAACGUGUUUUGAUUGAUCAGUUGCGUACGAAACUUGAUUUACAACUUGACGAUGCUUCCGUGUCGAAACUAUCAGCGGAAGAAUUAAGAAAACUUGUCGAUCAGGCGAUUCAUCAGUUAACCAAUCCUGUCAAACUGAAAGAAAAUCUCAUUACACAGAUGCGUACACAAAUCAAUGAUCUGGAGAAAUUCAUUGAAUUUCUCAAAGCUGAUUCUGCAAAUGCUGCUGCUGCUGCCGCUGCAGCUGCUGGUUCAUCCACAUCCAAUGAUCGAAAAAGUAUUGAACCUUACAGAGCUCCAUCCAAUAAAUCAAAUUCAACCACAGUUAAUCCAUUGAAAAUGCGUUCCACUGGUAGUAAAUUUUCUUCCGAAAAUCAAGAAAAUUUUUCACAGACUAUGAAGAAAGUUCUCGUUCUAACUCAAUUGUAUACAUUUUUAUUAUUGACAUGUGGAACACGAUCUAUGCAGAAGAAAACGAACCAGCCAACACCAGGCAUGAAGAAAGACGUAGUUGCCAAGAAACAUUUUGGUGAUCUUCGAGCGAAGUUGGAAGUUGCGAUUGAAAAAGUUCUCAACGCUGUUCGAUUAGUAACCACAUUUUCACGACAAAAUCGCGGUUUUACUGACGACGACGACGAUGCCAAUAAUUCUUCAUCUGUAACAACAAGUGAUAACGAAGAAGAAGAUUAUGAUCAAAAUGCAGUUGUUCUAGCUGUAAGACAAGAUCUUGCCCCGGCGCUUCGUGCGCUAAUGGAACAUGGCCUAUAUGAAACGAACUAUUCCACGUCAUUAGCUAUUUGGGGUUGUUUUGCGACGAGAGCCAAUUAUACUGCUACGAAUGAUACUAUGCAUGCUUGGAAACUAUUUUUAAAGUACUACGAAAUGAAACGUGGAAAUGAAUUUGCCAAUAGUCCAGCGCGUAAACUUUCCGAAUCAUUUGCAUUGGACGUCAUUGGCGGUAAACCCAUCACUUUGAAACAGUGCUUGCUCAGUGGUAUUGACAAUAUUGCAAAACUUCAUGAAAAACAUAGUAAAUCCAUGGACAGUUGUUUUAAGUCGUUUUUAUGCUACGCAUUGAAUGAGAAAAAACUUGUUGCAUUUCUUCGUAUAAUUCUGAAAACGGUUCCAUUGAUCGAGAACUAUUAUCAAUCUUGGAGUUACACAAAGACGACAGGUAUGAUUCGACAUGAAACGAAGAUAUAUCUAGUUAUGGUCACUUUCUUUUCUCUUGAAAAAGGUUUUAAUGAUGCACUUCACUCUCUGGACCGUUUAACUUCAAUCGAUUUCCGUUUACCCAUCAAUAUAUCUGUUCGUCGUUUUAUGAAUAAUCGUGAUCUGAUCGAAUAA